CCCCUCCAUCGUGGGACGCUUUCGGGACUUUUUGCUUCAUUUUUCGGAGCAUAUCUACGAUAUUGCCAGGGCGGUUUAUCCAUUUAUUCAUUGCUACAUAAGCCUCCUUAGUCAAUUCCCUGUGCCUCCGAGCUACACCGGCAAACAUGGCGGCUCCCGGAACUGAGACGGUCCUCCCCCUUCGUGAUGACCAGAAGGCUGCUGCUACGGAGCAAGAGAUCAACCCUUGGGACGUUCAAGCUGGACAAGAUGCGGAUGGAAACGCCCUUGCCUUUGACUACGUCAAGAUUUCGCAGAAAUGGGCGACCAAGCUGAUCGACGAGGAUCUCCUCCAGCGCUUCGAGCGAUUGACCGGCCACAAACCGCACCGUUGGUUGAGACGCGGUCUCUUCUUCUCCCACCGUGACUUCGACAAGAUCCUCGACAAGUACGAGUACGGCGAACCCUUUUUCUUGUAUACAGGACGAGGACCGUCUAGCGAUGCGCUGCACUUGGGUCACACCAUUCCUUUCUCUUUCACAAAGUGGCUGCAGGAUGUCUUUGAUGUCCCUCUAGUCAUUAUGCUUACAGACGACGAAAAGGCGCUCUUCAAGGAAAAGCUCUCAUUCGAGGAGACACACAAGUUCGCGCUACAAAAUGCAAAGGAUAUCAUCGCAUGCGGUUUCGAUCAGAAAAAGACGUUCAUCUACAGUGACUUGGAAUACAUGGGAGGCCAUUUCAUGACCAACAUUUGGGAAUUCUCGAAGCUCAUCACUUUCAACCAAGUGCGAGGAGCAUUUGGUUUCAACGAGAGCACUAACAUUGGUCGAAUCAUGUUCCCAGCUGCGCAAUGUGCCGCCGCCUUCGCGACAUCGUACCCACAUAUCUGGACCGACAACCCCGACCCACUCGCUGAUCGAUCGAAGGCUAUCGCAAAGAUCCAGUGUCUGAUUCCAAUGGCUAUUGACCAAGAUCCUUAUUUCCGACUUCUGCGCGAUAACUCCCAACGUAUGCGAUUCCCGUCGCCAAAGCCUGCUUUGAUCCACUCCAAGUUCCUCACAGCACUGCAAGGUGCUGGCGGUAAGAUGAGCGCAAGUGACGCCAACUCUGCAAUCUUCAUGUCGGACACCCCUAACCAGAUCAAGAACAAAAUCAACAAGUACGCCUUCAGCGGAGGAAGAGACACUGUGGAAGAGCACCGAAAGCUUGGAGGAAUCCCCGAAGUGGACGUCUCGUUCCAAUACAUUUCCUACUUCGAAGAAGAUGACGCAAAACUGAAGGAGAUUGAGGACAGCUACCGAAAGGGCGACCUGCUUACGGGAGAGCUGAAGAAGAUGGCCAUCACAUUGCUGCAGGGAUACGUCAAGGACUUCCAGGAGCGAAGAAAGGAGGUCUCGGAUCAGCUACUCAGGCAAUUCAUGACGCCUCGGAAGCUGGAAUGGAACGGCAACCCCAACCCGACACCAAAGCCUCAAAAGGCACCAAAGGGAGAGAAGGGUGAGAAAGGAAAGAAGGAGGAGAAAAAGAACUGAAGAAGUAUACAUAAUAGAAAUACGUCAAGGGUUUGGACUCUGGAAGAAUGAUCAUUUCCAGCAGUCUGAACUCUGACUGGAAGCAGACACCUCAAGAUGCCGCGCGGGAGCUCACUGUUCAUUGCAGUCUAGGGUAUCGCUGUACAUUGGAAGGCCCCAUAGAUCUAUCCCAGGCUACGGCCAUGCAAAUAAGCCACAGGCAAUCAGAAUUUCGAACUAGAAUAUUAUGACCAGAUUCACAAGUUUCAUUUUUGCGCAUCAGUUGACAAUCUUGUAACAUAUCUCGGAAGCCCUCUCAUAGAUAACCAGGCUUGAAUUGCCCGAUAUUGACCUCUGG